GCCUCCUCCGGCCGCGCCGCGCACGCCGGGACCGGCCCUGCCCAGCCCCGCCGCCGCCGCCGACCGGGCCCCGUCCCCGUCCCCGGUGGCAGGAUGCAGGACCCAAAUAAAGACACAGAGUGGAAUGACAUCCUGCGCAAGAAAGGUAUCCUUCCUCCAAAGGAAAACCUGGAGGAGCAGGAGCGUGCAAAGGAGGAGGAGCAGCUUGCCAUCCUUCAGAAGUCCCUUGUGAAAACUUAUGAGGAUAUGACUCUGGAAGAGCUAGAAGAGAAUGAAGAUGAAUUUAAUGAGGAAGAUGAGAAAGCUAUUGAAAUGUACAGGCAGCAAAGGUUAGCAGAAAUGAAAGCAGCUCAAAUGAAGAAUAAAUUUGGGGAAGUUUUGGAGAUUUCGGGAAAAGAUUAUGUUCAAGAGGUUACGAAAGCUGGAAAAGGUAUAUGGGUAGUCCUGCACCUCUACAAACAAGGAAUUCCACUCUGUGCCUUAAUAAAUCAACAUAUGAGCGGGCUUGCAAGAAAGUUCAGAGACGUGAAAUUCAUCAAAGCUAUCUCUACCACCUGCAUUCCCAACUACCCCGAUAAGAACCUGCCUACGAUAUUCAUCUACCUGGAGGGAGACAUCAAAGCUCAGUUCAUUGGGCCUUUGGUGUUCGGUGGCAUGAACCUGACAAGGGAUGAAUUGGAGUGGAAGAUUUCGGAGUCGGGUGCCAUCAAGACAGACCUUGAGGAGAACCCCAGGAAGCAGAUCCAGGACCAGCUCAUGUCCUCAAUCAGGACAUGUGUCCCAGCCAGAGGGGAGAGUGACUCAGAGGAUGACUAACUCCUGCGAUGGCAUCAAGAUGGAUACAGUACACUUGCAGCCAGUGUUCCCACCUAGAGCACUGGAGAUGUUCAACAACAUCUUGCUGAGCCUGGGAAGGGUAGUAUUUCAAGACAGCCAUUUACCUGGAAACUCCUAGAAAGUAAAGUUUUUUUUUUUUUU